CGCUUAUAUCAGCAUCCCAUUAGUCUAAUAAUGCAUGUAAAGUAUUUUGAAGCUAUAUGAUCUUGAUUGCCACUGUUCUCGGUAACUUGUUUGCGCACUAGGCCCUACGGUCUCUAUAGGACGCUAUAUCUCUUACUCGUACCGUGGAAGAAAUGUCUGCCUUUUCAGCAAGUCAGGGCGACGGAACCGCUAAAAUUGACUCUCAUCAAAAAAACGUCCCGGUACAUGCGCUGCACGACCAACAGCAGACUGUAUUUGUCAUACUUGACUCUAUGGACGCCGUGAAUUUAAUAAGCUUGGAGCCUCUGCUGCCAGAGUCAGGCAUCGUAGCAGACAUCGAGGUGGAGAGCAUCCUCACCUCUGAGACUGACACCUUCUACCAGAUCAAGAGCCAGCCCAUAACUCUGAGCCCGUCCGUGACGGCUUGUGACUCCUCCCCCUCGCUGGCCUCGGUGACGACAGGGUCCGUCAUGUCGUCCCGCGUGCUGAUGCGGCAGGAGCUGAUGAGGCAGCAGGCCCGGGAGCAGGAGAGACGCGAGGCCCAGCAGCAGGCCUCCAGCGCCCUGCUCCGCCCCAACGACCCCUCGCCCGCCAUCUCCGUCUCCCCGGCCCUUACCUCCGCACGACAGCCGCCCGCACAGGUGCCUGUGGAGGUGCUCAAGGUCCAGACCCACCUGGAGAACCCCACCAGGUACCACAUCCAGCAGGCCCAGCGCCAGCAGGUCAAGCAGUACCUCUCCACCACCCUGGGCAACACGGCCACCAAUCAGACGCUGGGGGUGUCGCCCUCGACCCAGUCUGGCUCCGCCCCCGAGCUGACCCCUGCGGUCAGCAGCACGCCCAGCAGCCCUCUGGCUGUGCUCAGCCUCAGCUCUAACAAGGAGGAGAUGGAGGAUGUGAUUGAUGACAUCAUCAGCCUGGAGUCCAGUCUGAACGAUGACUUCCUGACGCUCAUGGAUGCUGGCCUGCAGCUGCCCAACACGCUGCCGGUAUCAGGGAACCUGCUGGACGUGUACAGCAGCACUGGGAUGGCCAUGCCCACCAUCACCGUUAGCAACUCCUGUCCUGCAGAUCUGAACAACGUCAAGACGGAACUCUCCGUAGAUGUAGAGGUUAAGGCUAUAAUGAAGGAGAGACAGAAGAAGGACAACCACAACCUGAUCGAAAGGAGGCGGAGGUUCAACAUCAACGACAGGAUCAAAGAGUUGGGAGCUCUCAUCCCAAAGUCUAGUGACCCACCCCCGUGCUACGGGGACAGGGAGCAGCGCUGGAACAAGGGCACCAUCCUGAAGGCCUCGGUGGACUACAUCCGCAAGCUGCAGAAGGAGCAGCAGAGGACCAAGGAGAUGGAGACCAGGCAGAGGAAGCUGGAGCACGCUAACCGCAGCCUGCUGCUGCGCAUACAGGAGUUGGAGAUGCAGGCUCGUGUCCACGGCCUCUCUAGCUCCGCCUCCUCCUUCCAAGGCUCCUCCCUGCUCAGCAUGUCCCAGCCCCUGGACCCCAAUGUGGUAGACUCCAAAAUCCUCCUGACCCUGGGCGGGACCAACGCCGUAGCUGCGUCGCACGCCUUCCUGCCCUCGUCCGAUGGCAUGGCGAUGGGGGUGAGCAGCCCGCUCGACCUGGGCGCCCUGAGCUUCGCUGAGCUGGAGGACCCGUCGGCCUCCUCCGUGUUCUCCCCUGGCCUGCUAGCCGACAUAGGCCUGGGGGAUAUCUUGAUGGAUGACGGGGGGGGUCUGUCCCCCGUGGCGGGGGGCGACCCCCUACUCUCCUCAGUGUCCCCCAGGGCUUCCAAGACCAGCAGCCGCCGAAGCAGCUUCAGCAUGGAGGAGGACAUGUAGCCAGGGCCGCACACGCCUUUUGGAAUGAGUUUUUCAGCACAGCAGGUCCAGCAGGAGGAAGCAGAGAUGUGCUGGGUGAUGAAUUGCAGCGUUGUUAUCAGACUGCGUGGUGGAGCUUCUGUUUAAAUAUUCUCUCAGACAACAAUGAGGAUGAGGAUAAAGCAGCCUUGGUGUAAAGGCUUGCUAGACUGACGUAGAAAUGGAGUAGAUUGUUAGGGAGAAUUCCACAGGGAAGAGAGAGGGGCUUUUUUAGCAUUAAAAGGAACAUAAAUGGAUCGGAGUGUAGUCUACAGAGGCAUAUAGAUACACAUCCUAGAUAUGCACCUAUGUUUGUGUCUCUGUUUUUAUUGUUGUGUAGUUUUAAAACCCAACAACAUUGAGCACUCUAAAAAACUGAUGCAAGAGUAGGAUUGGGGCAUAUUGUCUCAGUGAAACUAAAAGUUGUGUUCCAAAAAGCCAGAUAAGUUUCAUGUAAAAUUCAAAACCAUGGCAAUUUUUUUAUAUACUGUUUUGUUCUUUGUUUUGCAUGACACCUUUAUUUAAAGGAUUUUAGCCUUUAACAGAAACAAAAAGGGAUAGUUUUAUAGUGCAGCACUUCUUAGUAGCUAACAUACCUAGUUUUUAUACAGUCCUCAGGAAAAACAGACAUUAAGGAGAUUUAGACUGGACAGAUUAGACAGCCGAUGUGGAGUCCCACCAACCUGACGAUGAGACCUGAGCAACUAUCAGUCUUCUGAAUAACAAGGCAUGUGGGUCCCAGAGGAGGGUCAGAGGUCAUGGAGCUCCUUGUUAUUGACCAGACUGACUGUGUUUUUACUGUUGUAAUAUCUGAUAGGUUCCCUCCAGCGUGCAAACAAGCCAGAGGGGCCACAGUGCAGGUUAGACACAGGGACGUGAGGGGGAGGGGAAGCACCACUCGGAGGCUGUUCUGGUGUGAUACUGUUCUGCAGGGUAGACCAUGUAGCUGCUGGAUGUUAGAGGGGCCUAGCAAGAGCACGUCGAGGGUUUGGACAGACCGCAGGGUCACUGACCAUCAGGGUGCGUCAGUUGUAGCUGUCAGUAGUGACAUCAGGCACUGACACCAUGCUUUAACAACAUGUUAACCUGACUUGUGGUGGUGUUGACGGUCUUUUGUUUUGUAGAUGUUCUGAUCAUGGGUCUAUUCAAUCAUUUUUCUUCAUUGACUUCCCAUCCUAUUGUUUUUGUACUGGCAUAAAAGAGCGAUAUGAACAGAGGAAGGAGAAUCAAGUCUGUGGUCUUCCGGCAUCUAUACUGGGUGCUAUAACAGAGAGGAAACUUCCAGAACUACAGUCUUGACUCCCUUCAUAUGCAAACAGAAUUGACAUUUUGACAAUUUACAGUUUAUACCUAGUUAGUCUAUGUAAAUAUUAAUUGUACAUAACUCAGUAUAGCAUUAUGUUCUAAAGAGAAAAACUUUUAUUAACAAUUAUUUUAGUGUAAAAAUGAUAAAACACUCACCUAUAUAAAGUUAUAUGGUAGCAUUGCAUAUAUUGGGCCUUAAUUCUUUUCUUUUUUUAUGAUAUAUGAAAUAUGUCUAAUAUUCACUCUUAACUACAUGGUGCAGAGGGUGUGAAUUCUUUUCUUUUUUUAUGAUAUAUGAAAUAUGUCUAAUAUUCACUCUUAACUACAUGGUGCAGAGGGUGUGAAUGUGUUCAUGGGGACAUCGGAUGGCUCGAAGCAGGAAUACUACACUAGGACUGCUUUGUACGUCAUGAGCAUUGAGAGAGUAAUAUGAGUAUAUAUAGUAUGUCAAUGCUGGUCAUUUCAACCAUGCCAUUGGCCUGCAGAGAAAUUCAAGGUGCAACAAGAAUGUGUCCUUUCCUUUUGUGAAAGUUUUGCAGUAGCCAAUCAGUGGUCAUUUCCUGGUCCUGUAUAAACCUUUUCUUCCUCUUCUCUCAGGCAUUACUAGUGUGUUUGUUUUGAAGGUAGACUCUGUGAUGUGAUGUCAUAUCUGGUAUGCUGGUAGUAGAGCUCUGCUUGUUUCAGGAGUGACAACAUCAUCCAUUGUCUAGCUGUAGAGUUUAGACGUUCUGGACUCCUUUCAGAGUACCUUGUAUGAUCAUGUUGUCUUGUUCAGUGUCUCCCAGAACCAGAUACCUUCAACCCACACCUGCUCAUAAGACGGUGGGAACUGUUAGUCCGGGGAUUAUUAGAAACAAGCAGUGUUCUGAUGGAUCAUGUUAUCUAGGGUUGUUUACAUCCAAAACUUGUCUGUGAAAUGUCCGUUCUGAUCAAAAGUCAAGAUUUCUUGAAAGGGAUUUUUGUUCAUCAGCUGUCAAAAGUGUGUUGUCCAAGUAGACAUACUGUCAUACUGCAUGUGUUCUGAGACUGCCACAUGUGUUUCCUUUACUGAUCAUUGUUUCAUUUUUGAUAGAAUCGUAAUGCUCUAUGAAUAAAGAUGGAAUAAAAAAGA